CAACCGAAAAUCCGAUCAAAGUUGAAGUAUUUUUGUGGUAUUAUCCCUAAUAAAAAUAAAAUAAGGUUUUCUUUGCUUAGUCCUCGUUGUCUCCACUUUGACUCUUCCCCUAUAUAAAACCCACAAAAAUAUCACCUCAAUUUCUACUAUUACUAUUAUACUUUCUUUCUUUGUGCCUAAGCGAAAACAAACCCAAAUUCCCUCUAACAAUGAGUUACUACAAUCAACAACAACCCCCUGUUGGUGUACCUCCACCACAAGGGUAUCCACCUGAAGGUUAUCCAAAGGAUGCUUACCCACCACCAGGGUACCCUCAACAAGGGUAUCCACCACAAGGGUACCCUCCACAGUAUGCACCUCAGUAUGGUGCACCACCAUCUCAACAACAGCAGCAAUCUGGUAGCAGUGGAUUUAUGGAAGGAUGUUUGGCUGCUCUGUGCUGUUGCUGUCUGUUGGAUGCAUGCUUUUGAUUUGCUGUAAAUGACCUGUGCAAGUGUUGAUGGCAAGAGAUGGAUGAUUCUUCCAAUUAUAUCAUAGUCUAGACUUUUUCUUUAUGUGUUUUGUCCUUGUUGCCUAUAAAGAAUUUGAUUUUAAGUAUGAUGAUGCACCUUUAUGUGUUGGAGUAUUUUUUGUUUUGGACCUUAUUAUUAUGUGAAUGCCACCUUGAUUUGAUGCUUGGAGUGUCUAUAACCCAAGCUUUUA